GCGCCGAACUUCGCACGCUUCGAUUUCUCAUACUAUUGCUGAAACUGGCUCUGAAAACGAAACACGAAAGGCGCGAAACGCGAAGCGAGCGAGAUCCAAAGCCAAACCACAACAUUGACGUUUUAUUGAGUUUUUCUGGCAAAGAGUGCUAUUUGAAGGUGCUUUGGGAUAGCAAGAAGGUUUAAAAUGCCUCAAGAACAACACGUUGUGAGAUGCUAUGCGUGUAAGAAGUUCCAAGUUCAGAUUGUGAAAAAAGUGCCUAAGUGGCAAUGUAAAGUGUGCAGUGAAAAACAAUCUCUUAUGAAGGUCUAUGCCCAAGGGAGUGGGAAAGAUUGUCGCCUCCACGUUCAAAACCUUAACAUGCAGCAAGGUUUACUGAUGUCACAAGAAACACCAAACUACGAAAGCCCUGACUCCCACUACGAGGACGAACCUUUCUUUGAUACUGAUAGUCAAGUUGUCCUCAAUAAAGUGAGUAAGUGGAGUGAUUAUUUAGAUGACAAUGGCCCCACUCAGGCUGGUGCAAAGUCGUGGAAAGAAGAUGACACUUCAGACGACCUUCCUGGUAACAUGUUGAGAGGAAGGAAACGAAGGUUGAGUAAUCCAGACAAUUAUGAAGAUUAUUCGUAUUCCACAUAUGACCAAAGCUGUCAACCAGAUGCAGAAGCUUUAGACCUCUCAAGUGGUGUGUGUGCUUCAGACAUUUUAAGAAACCUCCAUGUGAAUCAGGAAGUUACAAAACACCCUAUGUUACCACACCCAUCAACCAGUGGAUUUAAUAACUCCAAAUGGUCACAAUUUGUCUCACCGAGAGAUAAUGACCCCCCUCUCUCUGGCAGUAAUGGGAACCAAAGAACCCUGAAAAAUGUCUUUAAAGAUAAAUGUACUGUUUCAGCUGCCACUAAUAAAGCAAGUAUCCCUUUUGCAACCAGUGGCUCUCAAAUUGUAUCUAAAAGCAUUGCCAAGCAGUCAGUGAUGGAUAGACCGAGUGCAUGUACCUCUUCCGGCAAUGGUUUUUCCUGGAACGGUGGAGGGAAGUCAGCCACUUCUACCAUUGUGAAAAAUCCAUUUAAUGCCACAGAUGAUGAAAAUUUAGAUACCUUAUUGGACUUUUAAGUUUCUUUUCUUUUUUUGACUUUGUUUAACUAAAAAGAUUGUUUUGUAAAUUUAAUUUUUUAACUCUUGAUAGUAUUAUAUAACAAUGUUACAGUAAAGAUAUGCUCAAUCGAGUUAACAUGUGAGAAUAAAUGUUUCUGAUGAAAGCAAA